AUGAACUACCUCUCCCUCCUCGUCGCCGCUCUGGCGCUUUCGGUCGGCGUCGACUGCGUCUCGCCGCCGCCCUCGAUCGACAAGGAUUUUGGACCGGCCAUCGGCCGCUUCACCGUCGAGUGGUCGCAGGGCAAGGUGACCAUCUGCAACAGCUACCUCGGCUUCUUUUUCGUGGAUCUCAACGCGCCCAGGGCCAACAAUUACGUCGAAGUCGUCUGUGGUACCCAAUGCUCCUUCAAGCCCAGGUUCCCCAACUGCCCCAAUCUGGGAAGUCCCUGCCUCCUCUCGCCCGUCAAAGGCUGUCUGGUCGGUUCGAUCUCAGAGCAGGACUACAGCACCAAGCUGUGGCCCCUUCUCAAUGGCUCCCAGAAGGGCAUCGUGCUGGAAUUCUUAAACAAAGACAGCGCCUUCUAUCGCCCUCUGAACUAG